AUGUCUUCUAUGUCAAAGAUCGCUACUCUCGCCGUAGCAUUCUUAGCCGUGGUGCCCUCGGCUUUGGCAGGAAAGCGUGGUCUUGCGUGGCCUUGGUACAACGAGAAUACUAACCUCGACCCCGCCAAGCUCGCCAACGCCAACAUUGAAUGGAUUUACAACUGGGAGACCUGGCGCCCCGCGAAGACCACUAAUUUGAACUGGGUCGGCAUGCAGCGAUGCAUGGACUGCGACUCCUCUCCCAUUUCCCAGCUCAAGACCCGCGCGGCUCAACAGGGCUGGAAUACGGUUCUUACGCUCAACGAGCCUGAUAUCAACGGUAUCUCCGCUGCAACUGCCGCGAAUUGGUACAUCCAAUACGUCAAUCCUCUUCAAAUCAAAAAGGCUAUUCCAUCUGUUACUUCCAGUACGACCGCUGGCAAAGGUCUUGACUGGACUGCUGCCUUCAUCUCCGCUUGUGCAGGACGCUGCUAUUUCGACUAUGUGAAUAUCCAUUGGUACGGCAACACCUUUGCUCAGUUCCAAUCCCACGUUCAAAAUGCCCAUAACCGCUUCCCCAACUACAAGCUGAUUGUUUCCGAGUUCGCUCUGGUUUCACCAGCAACACGAGACCAACAGGUUGCUUUCCUCAAGCAGGCCAUGAAGUUCCUUGACGGUGCUUCCUAUGUUACCUACUAUGCUAUCUUCGUUGCCAGCUCGCCUUCGAGGAUCUCUGCCAAUGAGGGCGGAACAGUGGUUGGUACAGGCUCAUCUCUUUAUAACGAUGAUGGAAGUCUUUCUGCCAACGGUGUCGCUUAUCGUGGAUAG